AUGAAGGGGCAGAAGACAGCCAAGAUUCAGAGAGGCAGGAGUGACUCGAGCACCAAAGGGAAAGAGAAGCUCCUCAAGAAGCUGCAGGUUGAGAAAGCCUUUCGGGAGGAGGUUCAGGGCUUUCAGAAGACAAUGAAGAACUUUUGGGAAAAGAUCAAGGCAUUUCGGGAAAAAAUUGGAGCUUUCAAGAUGGCCAUCCAAGCCUUCUGGGAGGAGGAAAAGCCCAUCUGGGAGGAGGAAGCUGCCUUUUUGGAGAAAGAAAAUGCUUUUUAGGAGGAAGCAGAAACCUUCUGGAGGGAAUAUUGUGACUUCUGGAAGCACUCUAAUGCAUUCUGGAAGAAGGAUGCAGAUUUCUGGAAAGAAGAUCAGCUCCUCUGGGAGGAAGACAAAAUCCUUCUGGAUGAGGACAGAGUCCUAUGGGAAGAAGAAAAAGCCCUAUGGGCAGAUGAAAAAGCUCUCCUGGAAGAGGAGAGAGCAGUUUGGAAAGAUGAGGAAGCACUCCAUGAAGACGAAAAAACGCUUGAGGAGGAUAAGAUAUUGAUCUGGCAGGAGGCCUUUGGUCCCGAGAGAGAGGAUGGGCUGCUCCUGGCUGUCGCUGGGGUUGGUUCUUGGGGUCUUGCUGCCUGCAGAGGAAGAGCGUAA